UUCCAUCUCCGAUAUCUCUCGUCUCUGAACAUUGUCCUCAGAGAUUGGAUUCGCAGAACUUUCUAGGAAAGUGAGUCGAUUUUCUCGGUGGAGAGAGAAAAUGCUGGGAGUAUUCAGCGGGGCGGUGGUGACGCCGCCAGACGAGCUGGUUUUGGCGGGGAGCAGGACACCGUCGCCGAAGACGACGGCGGCUGCGCUGGUGAAGAAGUUCGUCGACAGCAACUCGUCCGCCGUGUCCGUACAGGUCGGAGGCCAUGUUCAGAUGGCUUACACCCACCACGACGAAUCUCCUCUCCGGCCUAGGUCGUUUGGGGGCAAGGACGAGAUAUUCUGUUUGUUCGAAGGAGCGUUGGACAACCUCGGAAGUCUGAGACAGCAGUACGGCCUGGCUAAGUCAGCGAACGAGGUCCUGCUGGUCAUAGAAGCUUACAAGGCCCUCCGGGACAGGGCUCCUUACCCGGCCAACCACGUCGUGGCCCACCUCCGUGGCAGCUUCGCCUUUGUCGUUUUCGAUAGAUCCACCUCCACUAUCUUCGUAGCUUCUGACCAAUAUGGGAAGGUUCCGUUGUAUUGGGGAAUCACAGCUGAUGGGCAUGUGGCGUUUGCCGAUGACGCAGAGCUGCUCAGAACUGCAUGUGGAAAGUCCCUUGCUUCCUUCCCUCAAGGGUGUUUCUUCUCCACGCGGGUGGGUGGACUAAGGAGCUUUGAGAACCCUAAGAACAAGAUUACUGCAGUCCUCGCCAGAGAGGAAGAGAUAUGGGGUGCCACCUUCAAGGUGGAAGGACCGGCAGUUCUUGCAGCGACAGAGUGAAAGAGAGAGCUUCCUUUACUUAUAUACGAUGGAUCCAGAAAGAGAGGAAUGGGAAGAAGAUCGAUGGAUAGCUUAAAAAAGACGGUUCCUUUUGCAUGAAAACAGGAAGCUGUAAUGGUGGUUUCUCGGGUUGUCUGUGUGUCUGUGUAAUCUUGUCUCGUUGUGUUGUGUUUCUUUGUACAGCCGUACGUGUCGAUCUUUGUACUAUGUCUCUGUUUCUGCUCAACUCUUUUUCCUGUCUGAAAAUCCAGUCUUACCGCUCAUCCUUCUAAAAUCCUCUCGAAGCCUUUUUCUUCUCAUUCUC